UGAACUCAAACGCAUCCUCUCUCCACAGACUCACAGACACUGAGCCGCAUUUUUACGCACAGCAGACAGAGGUCCACGCGCUGAGUUUGAACCAUGAUUAAGAAAAUGUCACCUUCCGAAAGUGACUUUGACAUCCCAGCAAAGAACUGCUACAGGAUGGUGAUUUUAGGAUCCACCAAAGUUGGGAAAACAGCCAUCGUGUCCCGGUUCUUAAACGGGAGGUUCGACGACCAGUACACGCCGACCAUAGAGGACUUCCACCGGAAACUGUACAGCAUCAAAGGAGACGUUUACCAGUUAGACAUACUGGACACGUCUGGGAACCACCCGUUCCCUGCCAUGAGGAGGCUGUCCAUACUGACAGGUGAUGUGUUCAUCCUGGUUUUCAGUCUGGACAACAGAGACUCCUUCCAGGAGGUGCAGAGACUCAAGCGGCAGAUCUACGAGACCAAGUCGUGCCUGAAAAACAAAAUCAAAGAGAACAUCGACGUGCCUCUGGUCAUCUGUGGGAACAAGGGCGACCGAGACUUCUACCGGGAGGUGCAGCAGGAGGAGAUCGAGCAGCUGGUGGCCGGAGACGACAAGUGCGCGUACUUCGAGAUCUCCGCCAAGCGCAACGAGAACGUGGAUAAGAUGUUCCAGACUCUGUUUACUUUGGCCAAACUACCUCACGAAAUGAGCCCCGACCUGCACCGCAAAGUGUCGGUGCAGUACUCCGACAUGCUGCACCGGAAGUCUCUGAAAAACAAGAAGCUGAAGGACGUCGGGGAGGCUUACGGCAUGGUCACCCCGUGCGCGCGGAGACCGAGCGUGCACAGUGACCUCAUGUACAUUAAGGAGAAGGCCGUGGGGGGGGGGCAGGGCAAAGACAAAGAGAGGUGUGUGAUCAGCUAAGAGGCCCACACACACACACACAUGCACACACACACACUCCAGCGAACACACAUGUUUGAAAGGAGAAGCAGCCUGCGCACGAGCUGACACGCAGGUUGUGGAGACGCCGGAGCCGCCGCCGCCGCCGCGCGCACAGGCGCAGCGCCGUUUCCAAGGACACUGGACCCCCGCUCCACGGGUCCACGCUAAAAAACACCCACCACACACAUUUGCCCACGAGACAUUUGAGAAUGUUCGCUUGUUCCGUCGGUCACAGCUCAGUCCGUGGCCUUGCUUCAUAAGUUGUGAGACUCGCGCAUCAGUGCGUAAAUGUGUUCUGUUGACGUCAUGCCUUUUGCAAACGAGAAGAGAAAGAGACUCUUUGAGGAGGGAAGAGAUGUUUACAUUUUAUCAUAGGUUUUAUAUGGUUCGGUACACUUGAAUGUUUGGUUGCAAUCUGAACUUUUGUCUUUUUUUUUUUAUCGUGAAUGUAUAUUUAUUGUCAAUGUACAUUUUUUGCAAAGAUAUAAAAGAAAGUAUUAAAAUAAUAAUA